CUUUCCAUUAUAACAUCAGGCAGUGAUGACUUGUUUGGGGUACUCUCUCCUGUGUUUUCCCUGCAAACCACUAGGACCUGGUUGUGGCUCAUUGCUUGUUUGUCUCGCUAAGAAUGUUUCCAUAGAGACUUUGUUUUUCCUCUAUGGUCAUUCAUAGAUGGGACACCACAAGCGUAGCUCUCAUCUUGUAACUACACUUAGGUAAUUACACUUAAGUAAUUAUAAAGUAGUUGCUUUCAGUGCAUUACUUCAUUUCACUGUAAAUUUUCUGUAUUUUCUACACUUGCCUAUCACCAAUUUUAACAACAGUAUUAUUAUUAGUGUUGUCAGAAAACAAACCAGCAGUAACUACUUCCAGCAAAUUCAGUACAUGAUCUUCAAACACAGCUAGCACACAACAUGCCUGAAACCAUACAGUACAGUACUUGCAAUUUUAAUGCAUGAAGUUAAAAGAUGUAUACCUGUUCAUCCCAUGUAAGUUAAAAAGAACAUGAGUAGGUGCAAUAUUGAUACUAAACUAAAUAAUUAUUGGGGAAAUCUUUUUGUUGUAUAUUUCCAAGAAUUUAUUUUUCCUAACUUCAUUUCACAGAUGCCAGCUUUAAAUUCACCGGUGUGCUUGCUGAAAUUAUCAUUGGAAGCUCUGUGCAAAAAUAUAAACACAAUGGUUGAUAAAGCUUCCCACUUGGCACUCUCUACAGAUUACGUUUCAGAAAUGCCAAACGAAGAAAUGCAGGAGCUAGCCAGACAAGAAAUUUAUGGAAUACAUGCUGGUAUUUUGUCUUCUGCUAAUAGUAGAAAAGUCUCUAAGUUAUCAUUAGCUGUUAAUUUACAAAGGUCAGAUGCAUUAGAAAAGAAACGUGAUGACUACGCCGAGAUAUUGCGUGAGUACCUCCAGCACCUGCCUGCGGCAUUUUUAAAUGAAAUGUUCAACCAGGCACUUGCUUCAAUUACAAAGAUCAUUGUAUAUGAUGAAGAACAGAUUAAAUACUACGUAGAUGAAAGAUGGUCAUUUGUUCCAAGAGUGCGAGUAGCAGUUAGAUUUCUGAUGAAAAGCAUGCUGUUUCCUUGUGUUUCAUCUGUGAAUAUUAGUCCUGUCACAAAUGCAUUCUUUAAGGUCAUUGCUGAGUAUCUUUUGAAACAUGAUAAUUAUAACGAUACUGUAUUUGUUAAGGAAAUGGAUGCAAAGAAAUGGAAAUGUUUUCGAUUUUCACAUGAUAUCAGACACAAUUUGUUAAAUCUUACUAGUUUAAGUUUACAGAAUUUGGCUUAUGGAGAGUUAUUGUGGUUUAUUAGUACAUAUUGCCCUAACCUGUGGCAUUUAGAUAUAAGUGGUAAUCUUUUUAAUUUGCAAAGAUAUUGUGUAAUAGAAAAAAGCGCGGGUGGAUAUGUAACUGCAGUAGAUAAGAAUGGGAGGAGAAACUAUGAAGAAGCGGAGUUUGUUCAUGCAGUACGUAGCUUGUAUGGGAAACAACGUACAGAAAUUCCGAAUAGAUUUAUAGCAUCCCCAAAAGGUUGUAAGUACCUCAAAACACUAUUACUUCCAGAUGUGAGGUGGGAAAAACUUGAAGAAGAUAUACUGUUGGAUGACGUACAACAACUACUGAUGUAUGCUCCAGACAUGGAGGAAGUUACUGGAGUGUGUCUGUUCUAUGUUCUAUGCAAAAUCAAUGAAAUGGAGUAUCCUCCUAUCAUGCUGAAACUCAAGAAAUUUAAUGGUAAAACUGGAGGGCAUAGUUUAAUUGGUGUUUCUCCCAAAAGGUUGAUGCAUGUUCGCUUGCCAUUUAUAAUGGACGUAAAUAUUGAUCUCAAUGUUUUCAUGCCUCCAGUGACACUUGAAAUUUUCCCUAAUAUGAAACAUCUUACUCUAACUCCUUAUGAUUAUCGCAGCUACACGUGUAAUGAUAUAUUACCAUAUAUGAAAAAUCUUCACACUCUUGAUUUAGAAUUAACACAUGAGCUAUCAAUUUCAAACAUGUGUGAUAUUGCAGAGAAUUGUAGAUCACUAGAAUACUUGACAUUAACUUGCCUAGCACUGAGAAUGCAAGCCCUGGAUCUUAGUGAAGACCAGAUUAACAAAGAACAGCUAGAAAGAAUUUCAGUUCCACCUGUGGUUAGAAUGGACGUUAAAAAUAAAAAGGAAUAUGAACCUUGUAAAUCACUUGGUGCACUGAAAUCAUUUCCAGAGUAUGCAAAAGCUAUAAUGAAAAUUGCCCCGGCUCCAUAUGAAAAGAGUAACAGUCAGAUACCAAAUUUUUCCAAACUUCAUACUCUGCAGUUUUUUGACAUCCGUAGUGUUGAUGCAGCGGCUUUGUACAAAUGUAUCAAGGGCAGUCCUAAGAUUCAAACUCUGACAUUUGUGGCACUUAAAAAAGGUGAUAAUUGUAAUAUUGAAUUAGAUGAUGAUUUUGUUGGAAGAAUUGCUCCCUUAAUGAGAAGACUAAGAGAUAUUACAAUUUCUGCACAGGAUGAUACAAGGUGCAAUAUUGUAUUAGAUAAAUUUACUGGUAUGGCCAUUGAGCACUUAGUGAAGUUCUGCAGUGACAUUCAAUCCAUUGGUACAAUGAGUAAUUGGAAUAUAACUCUUGAUGAAGUUAGAGCAUUCAACUACUGUUUUAUGAAAAAUAACUAUAUACUGAGGUUACAUUAAAUUGGUGCAUAUAUACAAGUAAAAAUGACAAAUGAAUUGCUAAAAUUUGAGAAAAUCAUUUGAAGCCAUUUGGGAAUUUGAACCAGUAUUCUAGUAAUACCCAGACGCUUAAGGCAAGUGUCUGGGAGUCACUGUAACGCUGCUUCAAAUCUUUGUAUUGCUCUAAAUGAUUUUUUCAUUUAUAUAUCAUGCCAUUGUUAUUUCUUUGUGUUCUGAAGAAGGGGAGUGUAGUGGAGAGCAUCAUUACGUACUGGCCAGAGUGUAGGCUGGCUAUUCAUAAAGCCUGGUUGUGGCCUCGAGACUCUUCCAGAGGACUCAGUCGAGUUCUGGGGUGAAUAGCUUUUAUCCUGUCGUUGGUGAGUGAGUUAAAGCAAACAUCUGGAAAUCACUAGAAUGCUGGAUCAAAGCACUGCAUUUCUCCAAAUGAUUUUCUCAUUUACAUAUCAUGUCAUUGAGAUUUCUGUGUUGUGAGCUAAAAAUUGUACAGGUAAAUAAACCAUGGUGUUAGUACCAUGGUUUAUUAGUAUUAGUAAUAUUGUAUUGUGAAAUAAUGGAUGGUCCUUCCGGAUGACCACUUUGUCCCAAGUUUGUCUCAUUCCUGAGGACGGUGCUUGGAUGACUUUCCUGGAUUUAUUGGCACGUCAGACGUAUUUACGUAUUGGCACGUUCCUGUACAUUCAGGGUUCGAGGAUUGAUUAGGUUUUGUGUUGAAGUAGCAGGCUUGCUGCUUAUUUGUUCUCCAGUUUGGCCUCAAUCUGACUCCACAUAUGUCCACAUGCUUGGCUUGAGUUGUCCUUUAUUGGGGGUUCGUGUUUAUUCCUACCUUGACAACUGACUGGUGUGGAUGGGACACCAGGGGUGUCCCAGCUGGUUCGCAUGUCUGCUAAGCAGGAAUCUGGUUCUUUCCCAGCUCACCAGGUCACCAGUUACUGGUGAACAGGCGGAAAUUCCAGUUGGUUCCUCUUGGGUUCGGACUUUGCUGAGCCUCACUUGGGACUAUAUUAGUGUUGCUUUUCUUGCCUCUGGUGGCCUUGACCCGGCUGCAAUGUCCAUCUGUUGAUGUUGAGUUGGCCCUGGGUGAUUCAGCGGUGGCUCACAUGGUUGUGCAAGAGUCUGAACUUUACCUGCCUACUUUUUCCUCUGAGCAAGGUUUGGCUUCAGCAGCUAUUCUGGUUUCUCCAGGGCAACCCAUUUUGCUGCCACCAUGACUGUUGGGUGUGGGCUCCAUUGCCGUUUCACUGGGUGCUGUGUCUCUAGCUUCCUCUUUGGGGUUUUCAGGGUUUGUUUCCCUGGUGCCUUCUUCAACCCUCAUUCGACGUCUUCACGGAUGCCUCGGCUCUGGGCUGGGAUUUUGUGACCAGUGCUCACCAAGCUGGUCAGGAUUGUUGGUCUUCUUUGUUGGGUUCACAGUACGAUUUGGGAAUUUGUGACCAUGUGGCGUGCGCUGCAGUGUGGAUCGAAUUUCUCAGUGCCUUAUGUGCGGCUCCGUUCCCCAAUUCCGAGGUCCUUACGGUGCAUGCUUUUUGACUUGAGUGGUCAAGGUGGGGGUUCCUGUACCUUUUCCCCUCCAGUACAACUGUUCUGGGUCCUGGCCAGGUUGGAAUCCUCCAAGGGAAGGGUGGUCAUUCUGGCUCCUGAGUGGCCGGCUCAGCCUUGGUUUUAGGUGCUGCUUGCUCGAUGUACGAACCUGGGCAUUUUUCUGCAGCUCUGCCUGCAACAGAAGUUCAGCCUAGUGUGUACUUUGCUGUUCCAUGUCCUCUGCUCUUUGCAUCUUGCAUUUUUUAUGCAUAUUUAUCCCUAUCUUUAUGGUGAGCAGGUGUCAUCUUUGAUGGUGUCCCACUUUUGUUCCUCUUCUUGGUGGAAGUAUGAGGUUUCGUGGUGCUCCUUUUGCCACUUCUUUUGCUACUGUCAACAGUUUCAGUGUGUGUGUUGCUCUUCAUUCUUUCUUGGCUUUUUCUUGAUUGGCAUCUCAUGCCAUUUCAUAUUGUCACCUUGUAUCGUGUGACACUGGCAGAGCUGCUGCAUCUUGCAUUCAAGUUUGAUGCUGACUUGGCUUCGUUUCACAAGCUGUCUCACGCAUUGUUCCACCACCAGCCUACUCAUGCAUUGCCUUGAGGCUGCUUGAUCUCUGGACCUUGUUCUUGCAUUUCUCUUUUCUUCUUGAAUUACAAUGUCCCCUUUGGUCCAUGAUUGUUUCCUUAAGUCUUUGUUUUUGGCUCCAGUGCUUCCAGUUGUCAAUUUGGGGAGCUUCAUGCUUUCUUUUGCAGGUAGGGCUUUUUGUUUUUAUCAGCUGGUUCCUUUUCUGGCAUUGAACUAAUUGGUUGGCUUCCACAGGAGUCCUGUGGUCAUUGAUGCUUGGUUAGUGUGGCCGGGGGUGCGUCAUGUACUGUGUUCCGUGAUGGCUGUGUGCCGCUACCUUCAUGCCAUUGAUUAUACCUUGGUGGAUGCCUUGUGAGUUGAUCCUCUUAUCUUGGCCACAUGUACCAAAGCUCAUUUUUAUAAGAUCACCCGCAGUGUUAAGUCUAGCCAUCCUGUGGUCUUCACUUUUACCCAUAAUGUUAGGUAGUAUGCCGCUCUGUCAGUGAGGUUUACAAACAUGUCCUGGGCUGAUAUUCAGCCUGGUAUCUUGUUUAUGUUCCUUGGCCCCGGCACCCUUGUGUGAUUUUGGAUUGUGUCUCUUUGUCAAGUGUCUUCUCUUCGUCUUGAAUCCUUCAGGGCUUUCUUUUCCAUGGCGGGUUCCCGUAUGUUUUCCUUCUCCAUGGGUAGUUAGCUUCAGGGAGACACAAGGGCUCUCCUUCCUGAAAAACUGGGCUAAAUAUAAUGAAACUGUAUUGUAUGGGUGAGCCCCAGUGGCUCCCUGAUCCCCCCUUGCCUCCAUUCCAGUUUGUUGGGGGUGUCUACAUCUGUCCUAGAAAUGAGGGUGGAGAUACUGGAUGAUGGUAGACUACCUCCUCCCCUCUCCCCAAACGACUGGGUGAGGUGAGGCAAACGCGCUUGUGCUAGUUCUGAGAGAAUUCAGUAAUUUGUUUAUAUAAUUGGAGGAGUU